AGGUGAAGAGUGUGUGUGAGAGUGUGUGUGGGAUGGUGUGUGAGCAGCAGUUUCUGGCCCCUUUCUGUUUCUCUGCGUUGACAUUCAGACCCAGAGUGGAAACAGAUCAGGACGGUGUGUUUCUCCAGUCCCUGCAGCCAGAGCUGUGUAGAUAAAGCCAGAGCAGCGUGGAGGGAGAGGAGCGGAGGAUUUGAGGAGCAGUCCGACCUGAAGUUUGACCAACAUGCCGAGGUCCUUCCUGGUGAAGAGCAAGCGGGCGCACAGCUACCACCAGCCCCGCUACCUGGACGAUGACUGCAGCAGGCUGGACGCUAUUCUGGCCCAUGCGUGCGCAGCAGAGACCAAACCUCAAGAGGAGUCUGAGACCAACUCGGAGCCGCAGGAGGAUGCGCGCGCUGACAGACUGUCCCCCGGGUCGAGGCUGCGCUCCCCCGGGUCGCUGUCCUCCGGCUCCCCGCUGAGCUGCGGAGGCAGCCUGUGCGAUCGCUCCUCCGACUGUGAUUUCUGGCGUCCCCCGUCUCCUUCAUCCUCCCCAGAUUCAGAGACAGGUUCCUCCACUGCAGCGGCGGAGGACGGGCCCUUCAACAUCCCGCUCUUCCCCUACUCCUGGUCCGCCUACUCCCGGUCGGAGCUGAGGCAUCUGGCCCGGGGGUCUUAUCACCACCACCUGCAGAGCCACCGGGAGUCUCACUCCGCCGUCGGCGGCUUCGGGCCGGAGGACAACGCCGCCGAGGCGCUUUACGCACAGCGGGGCCUCGGGGCCGGAUGUUACCAAGAUUAUUCUUCUGCCGCGCGCCAGAUCUGCAGGAUGCGGGACGGAGACGAGCUGUAUCUGGAUGUGAAGCAGCAGGACGACGCCGCGGGAAUCAAGACCGAAAACGAUUUCCUCCGCUCGAACCUCGAAACGGGCGGAUCCUUUAAAUGCAUCAAAUGCUGCAAGGUGUUCUCCACACCCCACGGCCUGGAGGUUCACGUGCGGCGGUCGCACAGCGGCACGCGGCCGUUUGAGUGCGGGAUCUGCGGGAAAACCUUCGGACACGCAGUGAGCCUGGAUCAGCACCGGGCGGUCCACUCGCAGGAGAGGAGCUUCAGCUGUAAAAUCUGCGGGAAAAGCUUCAAGCGCUCGUCCACGCUGUCCACGCACCUCCUCAUCCACUCGGACACGCGGCCUUACCCGUGCCAGUACUGCGGGAAGCGCUUCCACCAGAAGUCCGACAUGAAGAAACACACCUUCAUCCACACAGGCGAGAAGCCGCACAAGUGCCAGGUCUGCGGGAAGGCCUUCAGCCAGAGCUCCAACCUGAUCACGCACAGCAGGAAACACACGGGCUUCAAGCCCUUCGGCUGCGACCUGUGCGGGAAGGGCUUCCAGAGGAAAGUGGACCUGAGGAGGCACAAGGAGACGCAGCACGGACUGAAAUAAACACACCGUGUUGUGCUUUAUGCUUCUUCCUUGUUGAACAGGCAGUUUCUGUCCUGGUCUUAAAAGUAUUCACUCUGAAAUGUAUUAUUUGCCUAUUUAUGAAAUGUGUUUUUACACUCGAUUAAUAUUGUUGGAGCAGUUGUAUUCACUCAUUUCCAAAGUUGAAUGAAAUCAGCUUUUUGAAUUGACACAAUUUGUAAGAGAAUUGUGAA